AUGGCGUUCCCUCAAACCCCAAGAAAAGUCCCGCUUGCUGUAGAGGACGAACAUGUACCGAGGCCCAAGCCCAGGUCGAUUGGCUCGAGCGUGACGAAGCGCGUAUUCUUCUGUGGUGUUGUGGUAGAAGGUACGGAGGGUGGACGGGAGCUUCCUCAAGAUGUUCAAGACCUCAUUGCCUCUUUGGGCGAAAGUGUGGAUAUGGUACCGGAGCCGACACAGACUUCACCAACUCAGGCUAACGAAGAUGCCCAAGCAGCUACAAGACGACGAGCUAUGACGAACACGUCUGCAUUUGCUGACCUGGUCAAAGAACUGAUCGCGACCGAGCGCAACUAUGUCAAGAAGAUACGGAUCCUCAAGACGGACUACGCCGACCCCCUGCGCUCCUACUCCAAAGACAAACACACUGCCAUUAUCGGCCCUUACGAAGCUAAGACGCUCUUUGGCAACAUCGACCAGCUCCUCCCCGUGAACGAGGCGUUUCUCGCCGACCUUGAGAAGAUGGACCGCGAUGGCAACGGCAGCCCAGGCGUGGGCGACGUCGCGCUCAAGCACUUCAAGAAGCUCAAGGGGUUCGAGAAGUACGGGCAGUACUUUGCGAAGCACGAGGAGGUGCAGAGGCUGCUGGAGCAGGAGCAGAAGAAGAAUUCGCGAUUUGCGGAGUUCAUCGAGCGCGUCAAGUACAGCACCGCGUUCGACUCCAAGAACAAGUUCGGCCUGAAUCAGCUCAUCGCCGAGCCAUGGCAGCGCAUCCCGCGAUAUACCCUCCUCUUCAACACCAUGCUCAAGCACAUGGCCAUGAACCACCCCCAGCGCGCCCCGCUUGUGGCAGCCAUUCAGGCUGCGACUGUUAUCGCGAAGGCGGAAACGGACGCAGAGACGAAGCGCAUGGCGAUCAUGCACUGUUUGUCCAUGACCAUCGAGGACUUCCCUGUGUCUCUCAUCUCUAACUCCCGGCAGUUCGUGGACUGUAUAGACGUCCAGGACGUCAUCGCCCCGGACCCGCACGCGCCUGUGUCGUCGAGCGGGCCUGCGUCGGCUGGGACGCUGCAUUGCACGCUGUUCCUAUUCGACGACAAGGUGAUGAUCGUCAAGCGGCCCGCAGAGAAGAGCGGCAGGACACUUGCAGGACUGGACCCCCCUCAUCUCGACAAGGUUAUUAAGGGCGGAACGCUUCCGUCGAGCAUGCGGAAGGGUGGAUUACUUUGCAAGGGCGUCGUGGACAUCACGGACGUGAACGCGACCGACGUUGGCGGAGCCGAUUUCCAUAUCUUCCUCGAGAACGCGCUCCUUGAACAGUCAGAGCGCUGGGGCGGUCGCCAGUUCCGCUCGCUCUCGGUCGUGUUCCCCCCGGCGGCGGUCUAUCUGGACCCUUUGCGCACUGAGCGAGAGAAGCAGCGGUUCCUCGAUAACAUGUGGAACGCACAGGCUCGCUUCCGGACGAGGAUGGAGCGGUCGAUCGUUCUCAAGGGCGAGGAGCGCGAAGUGGAGAACAGGGGUGGCUACAUCACAAACGCGCUCACAUACUUUAAUCUGUACACGCGCAUGAACUUCCUGCAGGAGCCCAAGAAGACCAAGAUCGUGAUGCACAUUGAUCAGGAGGGCGUGGCAGACCCGAUACCGUUCGGAGAUGUCGAUGGCCCGUACGUCGUUGUCAGGGUACAGCCGAUGGCGGGCGAGCUCGCGAGGUAUAGCGUGACAUCCACCUAUGAAGAAGAGGUAGAGGAAGACAUCAUGCAGACAAGCCGCAUCCCAGAGCGCAUCGUCCAAACUAUCCACCAGUACGGCUUGUUCAAGUUUAAGACAAACACGACGUCAAGUCGCCCCACUACGCCCACCGCCACCCGUUCCCGCGCAGCCAUAUUCGGCCUCGACGUGAUAUCGCGCAACCUCUUCGGCUCACGCGCCGCCGCAACUAGCAUGUCUGACUUUUUUGGGGGCUCGAUGAGCAGUCAUCGUCGCUCACGGACAACGGACAGCCGCAACUCGACGCUCACUGGCACAGCGAGCACCGCGGGGAGCAGCAUGACGCGCUUCUCGCGUAGCUCGACGACUACCGCGGCGACGUCUGUUAUGGACGAUGAGCCAGCCCAAUCGGCGUCGAUGUCAAAGGGCUCUAGGAGCUCUAGGUCGCGCUCGUUGUCCAAGGGGGCGAAGAAGCUCGUGAAGAGGGCGAAGUCCCCCUUCAUGAGCGAGAGGGAGGAUACGGACGAGGACAGCCCGGGACCUUCGUACCAUGGACGGUCGCGCUCCUAUCACGAAGACUCGUUCAAGCGCUCGAAGUCGCUGCCGAGGACGGACGGUCCGCGGAUGGUGGGCGUCCCUGUAGACGAUUCAGAGCGGGAUCUGGCGAUGCGGUUGGAGCUAGCGAGAAGGAAUAGCAAGAACCAGCAUGGGCAUGAGUACGAUGUGGCUAUAGAGGAGCCCUCGGAGGAGACGAUAUACGAAGAUGAAGCUCCUGCUCAUCGCCCGUUGUCAACGACGUCGAGGAUUCCGAGGACGCUGCCCGAGCCUCCGUCAGAAUACGACUACGAAAGUCAGAGGUCGUCGACUCCGUCAACGUUCCGUGCGCAUUCACCAGCGCCUAGCACUAUUAUGGACCCAUAUUCGAGGCCGCUGUCUCGCAAUUCCUCCAACCAGUCUAGACCGAUGGGUCCACGUAGCCCUUCUCCGCUCCCAAGCCCUCGUGGGGGCCCCAUCCAGCUGCCAACCCUCGAGACUGACGGUGAAAUGACCCUCGUGAACGCUGGGUUUCCGACGACGCCUACUCACCGUGUCUAUCCACGGACACCCAUACCUCGAAGCAAGCGUCAGCCCUUCGAGCCAACAGGUGUACUCAACACCGAGACGACACCCAAAGCGAAUGCCGAGGCGAAUGGAGAUCCAUCCAAACCGCCAAGCAUCAUCGAGCCGCUCUCGAUCAAGAAGCGGUCAUCGGUGCACACGAACUGUUCUGUCACCACUUUGUCGGUAGGGUCAGGUUCGCCUGGGUCAGCGAAGAAGACACAGCUCACGCUGACGCGCCGUCCGUCGCCGAUCGGCAAGAGCGCUUUCGCGAAUGCGUCGACAAGGCGGGUGUCAGGGCAGCGGACAACGAAGGCGCUCCAUGUUGAGGACGAUGUAGACCCAGAUCAGCUGGAGGUGAAGCUGAAACGCGGUGCGGAGGCCCUGAAGGCGGAUAUCGAAACUUCGCAUCGCGCGGUCAAGAGGAUCAGGCUCGAGACGCAGAAAGCAGUAUCGGCGUCUCCAGUCCGCGCUGCUGUGGCGGUCUGGGAGACGAGACCCACAGUCUCGCCCGUGAAGCGCACUCCACAGCGGGCAACCCCUGCUCUAACGAAAGAGGCGGAGGCGCGGCGUGCAGAGAUGCUGCAAGCAAUUGGCAAGCGGAGUGGGGAGACCAGCGGCCCGUCCCGUCCACGCGUUCAGACGAUGUUCGAGUCUUCAUCAUCUUCCUCAUCUAUCUUGAGUGGUAGUGGGAGUCCCAGAAGUGCUGUCGCCGAGGAUUCUAUGCGCACUAUCGAUGAUUUUGCUGAAGAAGCGGACGAACACUUGGAACAGGCCUUAAGGUAUCAGGAAUCCGUGACUUCUGAGAUCUGGACCCUUGUACAGCUUUUGCGGCAGAAGACAAGCGAGCUAGCCAAGAGCGGACUCGAGACACAGAACUGGAAGCGACAGUACGAGGUCGUGAAUCAGCUGCUGAGCAAUAGCCAGCAAGAAGUCAACGAACUCUAUCAGUACUUCAACGAAGAACUUGACGGCAUGUUCGACGCAGCGAAUCUACCCGACGAUGACGCCUGGGCCGCCAUGACCAAGAAGAUGAAGGAGGCAGAACAGGGCAAGGCGAAGGCGGAACAUGAGAAUUCUCUUCUCAAGACACGGAUCGCGGAGUUGGAGAUACAGCACGAGCAGUGGGAGACGUUGCUUCGAGAAAACGGGCUCAUACCCUGA